GUCAGUUGUGCAGCACUCUAGGAGGCAUGAACAAAGUUAUGUAUUUGAAAGUUAUGGACACACACACACACAAAAGAGGCCUUUAUGGUUUUUUGGAUUUGGAAAACAGUAAGUUUUUCAGAUCCCCUUCCCCACAACCCUGGCAGUAUUUAUUUUUUUGGAAAAUGUAAAGAAAAUGAAGGUAUGGUUGGACCUUUCACAAAUCCUUUGUGACCUUGGCUUGCUUACUGUUUAUAUUUUACCAAGUGAUGGCAUAAGUUUGAACACAACCUUCGUUAAAUUGAUGAUUAAUUCAACAAUUCAUCAAAAUAAUUCAUCCAAAUAAGUAGUGACUGCACAUUGAGAGGAUUUAGUAGAAGUAAGUCUCUGAAAUGCAGGAUUUAUUCAAUCCGGGUGUGUUGUGCAACAAUGGCCUGUUUAUAGUAGGAUAUACAGAAAAGGCAUAAGUAGACUUCUCACAAGGCAAUUGUAAUCUGUAAAUAAAAAUACUAACACCCUUAACAGUGGUGAAGACUAAGGUAGUAUGAUGAAUUGUGAGAGAUUCAGAGACUAAAAGCAUUGUAGGGAUUUUUAAAUAUAGGUGAAGGUUUUAAGAGAGGAGUGGCAGGGCCAGUUGCCAAAGCAGUAGAAAGCAUUAUCUGUUUGCAGGAAAUGAGCCUGAUGUGACUAAAGUAGGGGUGAGUAUUGGGUAGGUAAUGCGAGUACAGGCUGUGGAAAGCCAUGAAGUUCAAGUAGAAGAAUCUGGACUCAGUGACUGGACAUCUUUCCUACUCCCAUCUUUUGGCAAAUGCGCAUGUCAGGAUAUGGAUCAGAGUGGUGGCAUAAGGAAUGGAAUGAAAGCAUGGGUGAUGGAAACACAUUUUUAAAGCAAAAACAGGACUUGGUCACUGUUCAGCUGUGGAUAAUGAAAUGGAUGCCAAGAUGCCUCCAAAUCUUCAAUCACAGGAGGCUUUCCAUCAUUCAGCAGAUAGGAACAAGGGCUUUGAAAAAUUUUGGCCAUCACCAUCAGAUCCUGUACACUUUGAAGUGGAGACCUGUCAUGAAAAAUUAGAAAGCAUGUCAGAAUCGGAUGCCUUGAAUUUCAGUGUUCUUUCUGAAGACUUAACUCACUCACAUUCUCCCUUCUGUAUGGAAACUGGCCUCAGUGCUUCAUACUUUCCUCAGAAUGAAACAAAAAAUGCAAAAAGGGAGAAUGAGUCUAAACCCACACUUUCUGAAGAUAUUUGUAGCAUACAAGACAGUUUAGGUGAUAACAUCAUUGGAAAUUACUCACGGAAUAUUCAAAUUCAGCCUGUUAACACCUGCAUGACUUCAUUGAGACAAUUUGAACCCAUUUGCAAAUUUCAUCAGCUAGAAGCGUUUAAUGAUGAAAUGACAACAUUUCAAAAUCUGACAGAAGACUUUUCUUACAUGGAAAAGCCAGAAUUGCAAAGCCUUGUGUAUAAUUAUGCAAAAGAUACCAAUAUAAAGCAAGAUUUAUGUAAGGAAGAAAAUCCAAUGGAAACUAGCAUUUCUGCAAAUAAAGACCAGCUUGCUCAUGAGUGUGUCAGGCAGUCUGCUCAGAGUCCACAUCUAAUCCACUGCAAUGGAGAGACACUGCAGUAUAUGGAAAAGUCACUGGCUAAAAGCACUGCUAUGGAAUCUGUCCUUAACCCUAGUCAACCUCAGAGCUUUUUAUAUAAAGAAGGUGUCCUCAGAAAUUUUGAAAACCCAUUUUAUAAUGAGAAUAGCUUUAGCCUGCUUCAUCAGAGAGUUAAUUAUAAAACAGAGGAGACUGAAGUUUCUUCAAAAGAAACACAAAAUCCUGAGGAGAUUGCUGAAAUGUCUGUCAGUCAACAGGAAGAAACCACAGCAAGAAGUGUGGAAAGCCCAGGGGUUGUCUUAAGUUGGUCUCCAGGCAUCUCCAGGAGUGGGGGAACUUCUUGGGAGAACUGCUUGACACCUGACACACAGCAAAGCUUGGAAAGCUUACAGCCAUUAGAAGAGGACAUGGCUUUAAACGAAGCUUUACGGAAAUUAAAGUACACCAACAAAAAGCAGCAGAUGCGUAUCCACGACUUCCAGUGUAAGAACCUGCAUUUAGAGAAGAAGGUUAAAGAACUACAGAUGAAGAUUACCAAACAGCAAGUGUUCAUUGACAUCAUAAAUAAGCUGAAGGAAAAUAUUGAAGAAUUGAUUGAAGACAAAUACAACAUAAUCCUAGAGAGGAAUGAUGUUAAGAAGAAAUUACAGAAUUUGCAAGAGAUUUUAACUAACACCAAAAAACGUCUUCAAGAAUCUAAGAAAGAGAAGGAAAUCUUACAGAUGGAAGUUAAAAAAGUCAAGGUCAGUUAUAUUCGUUUACAGGAAAGGUGCAUUACUGAAAUGCAACAAAAAAAUAGAUCUGUAAGUCAAUGUAUAGAGAUGGACAAAACCUUAAGCAAGAAAGAAGAAGAGAUAAGAAGGCUGCAGCAACUUAAUGGAGAAAUGGAGAAAACUACCACUUCUGCUUUAGACUUGUUGAAAAGGGAAAAAGAGACCCGAGAACAAAAGUUCUCAUCUUUACAGGAGAAUUUCCAGAAACUUGAAAAGGAAAACUUCAAAGAAAGACAGAAGUUGAAAUCAAGAAUUGAUAAAUUGAUUCCUCAGGUUAAAAAUUUGCUGGUCACAUGUGAAAAUGAAAAGGCCAAGAAUUCAGAACUCCAGCAGCAGAUCAAUGGAGUAAAAAAUGAAAAUACAAAACUUCAGCUGCAAGUUUCAAAAAGUGAGGAACAAAAUUGUGUCCCUAAAUUUAAGAGAGCUCAGUUAAUACAGCCACUAGAGGAACUAAUGGAACCAGAUGUUACCAAGGAUACUAAGAUGAUACAUUCUAAUCUGUUACUGAAUUGCUCACCUUGUGAAGAAGAGAGCUUAAAUACUCCAGGUCAGAAAACUCCUCAGCUGACCUCCAAAAUUCACAGUCUUCUGUCUUUGAUGGUAGGACUUCUCACAUGUCAGGACAUCACCAAUCCUGAUGUUGAACAUUGCAAAGAAAAUGAGAAAGUUAGUGACAUAAUGCUGCAAAAAUUGAAGAGCCUUCUUCUUAGGAAGAUAGAUUUAGAUAAAGAGCUACUGAAACAUAAAGACAGAAUUACAACCUUUAGAGAGUUAAUUGCUAGUGAAAAAGCAUUUCAAGAUCACCUUACUGAGGUCACAAACUUUGAUUCAGAUGAAGCCAAGAAUGUCACAGAUGCACCUGUCCUAUUGGGAGUCAAACUGGAUAAGUACCACAGUCUAAAUGAGGAGCUUGACUUCUUGAUCACAAAAUUGGGAGAUCUUCUGGAGUCAAAAGAAGACCAUUGUAAUCGACUCAUGGAAGAGAAUGACAAGUAUCAAAGACAUUUAGGCAACCUAAUAAAUAAGGUUACAUCAUAUGAAGAAAUUAUCAAAUGUGCUGAUCAAAGGCUUGAGAUAUCUCACUUCCAAAUUGCACAUUUGGAAGAGAGAAAUAAAUGUUUGGAAGAUUUAAUGAGAAGGCCCAGAGAAAGAGCCAGAAAAUCAAGACCAAGAUUAGAAAAUCAUCCGAAGUCCAUGACCUUGAUGCCAGAUAUUUUUAAGGGAAAUAGAAAUGAUUUCUAUUAAACAAGACUGAAGAUUAAGCACUGGUCAUUUUCAUCAGCCACUCCAGGAAGAAUCAUUUCUAAGUAUACUACUCCAACUAAUCAUACAAGUGAA